CACACAGCUAGUUGGCUUCAUGUCAAGCUGAGUCAGAGAGAUCAAGCGAUCCACAUAAACCAACGUGUGCCUCAAACUGAAGAGCAGAAGCUGAAACUCAAAGUCUCCAAAACUCAGAGAAACCCGAAAGGAAGAAACAGAGGACAAGCACAUUUAAAAAAAGGAAGUCAAGUAAACUUGGCAUAAAGAAACAGGAAACAUUUCUAGGCUUCCCUGAAACUUGCUGAAGCUGCAUAUUAAGAAGAAACAGAAUUUGACCACAAAAUAUAUUUGAAAGUCCAAGAAGAAGAAGAAGAAGAAGAAGAAGAAGAAGAAGAAGAAGAAGAAGAACCACCUAGAGGCAAUCCAGAUUUCCCCCCAGAAAUCUCUAGUAGCUCUCCAGUUGUAAUUUAGUACACCUCCAGAAAGGCUCUUGCCAGCUUGCAGAAAAUCUCCAGUAGGUACCUAGAUAUUCCAUAGUAGCCUUCCAGUACUCCACCAAUAGGCAUCUAGAUGCAAUCCAAAUGAAGCCUCCCAGAGGUUUUUCUACCUGCUCUUCAGGAUUUGCACAACAGUGAUCCAGAAACUCUUCAGUUAUCCUCCCCUGGCUAUUUCCAACUGCUACCCAAGCCUUCAUCUUCUGACUGUGGCCUCCAGAGGGAACUUGUCUGACAGAUCUCCAGAAUUUCCUCAGAAACCAUCCAUAAAAUUCCCAGCUAUUCUCCAAAAAUUAUCGCACCUUCUCUGGAAACUUAUCUUGAAGUCCACCUAGAUAUUCUACAGAAUAUCUGAAGAGAGCACUUCCAAGAGAAUCUAAUAGUAAGAAGCAAUUCAGAAGGAGCUCUGAUUGUGUUCUUCACAGGGUUCCCUAGGGUUUUGCAGCAGUUGUAGGACAACCUUCCCAGCCCAUAUUACAUCCCGGUUUCUUCUACACACUGAACUUGGUGAAAGACAAUAUUCCCCUGGUGCCAUUUUCCAAAAGCUCUUGUGCUUUUAGAUUCUGCCCGCUGGAAGAGGAAGCCGACCACAAUAGACAAGGCACUCAUCACCUGCUUCCUUGAAAGCAUCACCACCACUAUUUUUCUUCACCACUCCCAGUUUUCUUUCUUGCCGCCAAGCUGGAGUCACUUAAACGCUGGAAUGAGGAGAGGAUGGUCUGGUGUGAGAAAGGUGUCCAGAUUCUGCUCACCACUGUGGGGGCCUUUGCAGCCUUUGGCCUCAUGAUCAUCGCCAUUGGCACAGAUUACUGGCUGUAUGCCCGUGCCUUCAUCUGCAAUACCACCAACAUAUCUACUGAGGAAACCCCCCAGAAAGACAAGAAAGAUCCUGGAGGGCUCACCCAUUCAGGCCUCUGGAGGAUAUGCUGCUUAGAAGGGCUAAAGCGAGGGGUGUGCGUGAAAAUCAACCAUUUUCCAGAGGACACAGACUACGAUCACGACAGCGCGGAAUACCUCCUACGUGUGGUACGAGCCUCAAGCAUCUUCCCCAUUCUAAGUGCAAUCUUGCUAUUGCUGGGAGGGUUCUGCGUGGCUGCCAGCCGUGUCUACAAGUCCAAGCGCAACAUCAUCCUAGGUGCCGGCAUUCUAUUUGUUGCUGCAGGCCUCAGUAACAUCAUCGGUGUCAUCGUCUACAUCUCAGCCAAUGCCGGAGACCCUGGCACAAAACGCGACGACGAGAAGAAGAGCUACUACUCCUACGGCUGGUCCUUUUAUUUUGGAGGCCUUUCCUUCAUCCUGGCCGAGAUGAUUGGAGUCCUGGCCGUCAACAUAUACAUUGAGAAGAACCGGGAAGCCCAUUGCAAGAGCCGCACGGAGCUACUGAAAAACCCAUCUUCCUCGUCAUCGGCCAUCUUGCGCCUGCCCAGCUACCGUUUCCGAUACCGCCGCCGGUCACGCUCCAGCUCCCGCUCCACCGAGCCAUCACAGUCUCGAGAAACCUCGCCGGUGGGCCUCAAAGGCUUCCCUUCCACUGACAUCUCCAUGUACACACUAUCGAGGGACCCCUCCAAAGCCAACGUCAGCUCGCUCUACGGCGGUGCCAGCGAAACGGCAUCGACGGGCGCGGCUGCGUCGGGCGCAACUGGCAGUGGCGGUGGGUUCUUGCAGCUGCACAACACCUUCCCCAAGGACCCUGGUGUCACCGUCACAGUGACUGGGCCUGGUGUAGCGGGGGCGACUGGCACCCUGGGCAAAGACACCUCCUCCAACACCAACACGCUCAACAGGAAGACAACGCCAGUGUAGGGACGGAGUUAAGGGAGGAGGGGGCAUAGGGAGGAGGAAAGAUGAAGAGAAGACACAGCUCAGAGAGUAGGUUGGGAGAGUCAGAAAGUUGCAAAGCGAGAAAACAAUCCAUCCAUGCAUUUCCGCCCCCCCUCCCUCCCUUCCCUCAUCCAUCCAUGAACUCGCAUUGCUUUCCUUUUUUCUAACCCGCCAAUAGAACCCAAAUUCACACCUCACACCUUGGGGGAGGGCAAAGUAGCGGAGGAGUAUGUUCACCAGGGGGCUUUCAUGAAUGAAGUGACAGGGAUCAGCCAUUCCUACAGCUUAAGAGACACUUAAACCAAACACCAUUGUCCUUUCAAAACAGGCACCUCAAGGAUAACCUAGAUGGACUACUUUUCCCCACCCCACAUUGGGAUGGAGAAGAGGGGAUGCUGUUGUGUCUCAGAGGUGCUUGAGGAAGGAGGAUAGUUUUCCUUGCCUACUUGGUUAAGAUCUCUAAUGGGCAGCCAGAUUCAGAAUCCGAAAGGGACGUCCGUGUGCGUGUAUAUGUUUUGAAGACCCUGGCUCCUCCACUCGUAAGCCUCUUACAAGAUGGCUUCCACAGCGUACUGUGCCAAAUUUGGGGCUGCAGUGUGGAUCAAGAGGGUGUUUUGUUCCUCAGCGGGUAUAAGGGAACCCUCUCUUCUCCUUCACUGCAGCUUAAUUAAGGGCUGACAAAAAAGUUUGUGCCAAAACACAGUGCCAGAAUUUUUGUUUUUUAAGGGCGGGGAAGGUGUUUUAAAAUCCAAAAGGACCGACUGCCCCCUGGUGGCUUUUAGAAGUAUUUCUAAUCCACUAGGCUUUGCUUCAAUCUCCUUCUAGUACAUGUAUGGCUGAAGUCUUUUUUCAGUUUCCAGCCCAUCUCUAACACUGAGCCAUAGCUCUUCCUGAGAUGAAGAGGUCUCUGGGGAGGAGAGGGUCCCUGCUAUUUACACAGGCACCCCUUGCCCAUUGAAAUGAUAAUCAACCAGUCAUUACUGACUUUAUUUGUUUGUCUCGUCCAUUUAAUAGAUAGAUAGAUAGACCCCCUUUUUUAAUCUUCUUUUCGAUAUUGGGAAGAAGAACUUUUAAAAUGAAACAAGAAGUAAAAAUAGAAAUGGAUUACACUUCUGCUCAUCCCUACCUACCCCCCACCCCCAAUUCAGCAUCCUAGGGAGAAUUUUUACAUGUAUUAUAAAUAUAUAAAUAGAUAGAUAUAGAUAGAUAGAUAUAAACAACAACAAAAAACCACACAUAUAUAUGAGAAGACGAACAAAAUGAUUGUGAAGUUUCUUAGGACUUGGUUGAUUUACGUUGGUUGUUUUGUUUUUUUAAACAACAGUGGGAUUACUAUUUCCCCAGCGGAACUUGUGCCAACUGGCAAGCAGUCGGUUUUACAAUCCUGGUAUCCUGAUCCUGAACCAUGCUCGACUUUGCUCCCCUUCUGCAUGCAGAUAAGGGUCUGCAGAUCCUCACUGCCGAUCCAGAUGGAUUUCCUUUUUUGACCGGGUGCCGCAAGAUCCCAAGUGGCCCAAUGUAUAAUGUAUACCCCUUUCCAUCUCCUUAGGAAACAUAAUCUCCCAGAAACUAGUUUUACUGACUGCUUUUCUCGGGGGUUGGACUCACAUAUCCUGCAUCUGCAGCAAGAGCCGAAGGGGAGACUGUAACUACAGUGCCAGGUUAAUUAAGGCCUAUCCUGGCAGCACUGGCAGCAGGGGUGUCAGAUCAGAACCACACUAUUUAUUUUUAUAGCGACCCUAAAACAUGGACUCAGGGAAGAGUUACAAUAAAUAGAUGUUAACAAAAUGGAUAUAUUUCACCAUUAAUGGGGAAGGAGGAGGGGAAGGGGAAGAGAAGGCAGAAAUCAAAAACUAAACGUAAAAAAUGACAAGACAGCCACCCAAUUUCCACUUCUCUUUCUCCAUGAAUGAGAAUAAAACUGGAACAGAAUGUCUCACAUUCGGCAAAUGUAUAAAAUAUAUAUAUGUUAAAAUAAAACUCUAACCAAAUUGUAUAACCAAACCAAAACGACUUUGGAAAGGGUGGUGCAGACUAUUGCCACCUUAAAUGCACUUAGUAGGAAGGUAAGCACAAUGAGAAGCAGUAGGACUUCGUUCUGAUUAAGCAUGCUUACUGUCUGGCUGAUAAACCAGCUGACAUAAAAUUCAGGUCAAGAAUUUUGGUCUGAAAUUCUCCGACUGAAGAAUUAAGGGUCAACCUAUGAAGAAUUCAAGGAUCCCUGAAUACAGCACGGUUUGAUUUAGCCUUAUUGUCAAAGAGGAUAUGUUAAAACUUCAAAACAAUUAAGUGCUUGGGUAAUAGAAAUACUGCUUGGUAAGAGGUUUGUCAGAGACUACACUUCUCGUCUUUCAGUAGCUAAUCUUAUGGGAAAGCCAUGUCUGAAAAACAGUUAGAAACUGUGAUUGUCUCUUUACUGUUUCUUCCUGCCUUUUAAGAAGUAGUAUUUCCCCCCCUCAUUUGUUUAAAUGAAAGUGUAUAGUUUUUUUCGGAGGGGGGGCCACUUAGAAUUGUGUAAGGAGGUGGGCUUUUUUUCCUUUUUUUGUGGUAAUGUGAGAGGGUGAACAAUUUAAAAUUUGAGAGGAAAAGUGUACGUUUUAAAAUGUGCAAUGAGAAAGAAAACCUUUCAGUGGAAAAGCCUCACCUGUUCUAAGUUUUUUUCUGUAUAAAAGUGGGUUUCAUAUUAAAAAAAAGACAAAAAUACAAGAACAUUUUUUUUUUCAGAGGGGCAAAAUCCACUUGAUUGUGCUACUUACUGGUGAAUAAAGUAAGAGGAGGGGGGGGGAACAAUACAAAUAAAAACAACAGUCUGUCUGUCAUAACAACAACAACAAAAUGCAUGGAUUUUUACUGGAAUCUACCUUUCAAAUAAAGUCCUAUGAAAAUA